AUGCCUAGGAAGUUGGAUAAUGUCUCACGAAUGGUUAGGGGUCAAGUUGGUAUGUCCAUGAAUAGACUAAACCUAUUCAACUUGUAUAGGAAACAACCGAUAAAUUAUUUGGGUAAAACUUUAUAUCAACAAAAAUGGGCUGCUAAAUCAGAAACAAGAUCAUAUCAUGGUGAACAUUUAAAAGAGAAAAGAUUUAAGAAAGUAUUAUUUGAACCAGAACUAAAGACAUUUUCGCAAUUAGAUGCAUCUUUAAAAGGUGGUCAAGAUAUUGCACCAACACCAAUUACUUUACAAACUUAUGCUACUUUAGAAAAAAGAUUAGAAUUUGCAUUAUUUAGGAGUAUGUUUGCAUCAUCCGUAAGACAAGCAAGACAAUUUAUUUUGGGAGGUUAUGUAAAAGUAAAUGGAGUGACUAUCAAACAUCCUUCAUUCCCGUUAAAAAGUGGUGAUGUAUUUUCAGUUGAUCCAGAAAGAGUAUUAUAUGCAUUAGGAAAAUCAAAACCAAGUUUAACUAAAUCAAUUGGUAUUGAUAAUAAGCAAAUAAGAUAUUGGAAUCAUUAUGUCAAUAUGGCUAAAAAGAACCCACAAAAAGUUUGGGAAAUGCAACAAAAUAAACCAGAAUCAUUAAACUCAAUAGCUAAUCUUGAAAUUAAAGAAAAAAAUCAAAAUAAAGAACAAGAUAGUGAGUCAAUUAUGAAAACCCAACAAAAGAGAAUUAGUAGAAACUCAAUAUUAAAGGACAUAAUCGAAUUAGGUAAUACAUCAUCAGAAGUUACUGAAACAACAUUCGAAGCAUAUGGAAAUAAAAUAGCACAAGGUAAAUGUAUACAAAUUUAUGAGACUUUAAAGAACAACAACAGUUCAAUCAUUAAAAAUUUAACUGAUGCAGAAUUAGAUAAUUAUUUCUCAAAAGAAAUUGAAAAAUCUGCAGAUGAAAAAAUAGAAUUCAGAAAAAUCAAUAAUAUAUUAAGAGAAUUAGAAAAAAGUGAAUGGGAAAGAAUACGAUUAAAUUUUGAGAAUUCAAGUGCUGGAACCAACUUUUAUGAUUCAUCAUAUGCCGAGAAAUUAACAUCAGCCAAAUCAUUAAAUAAAGAAGAAAUAUUAGAAGACGAAUCAAAAGCAAAUGUAAAUCUACCUUGGCAAAAACAUUUACAUGGACGUAAAGAUCCAUCAAAAUCAUAUUUCACACCAUGGACUCCAAGACCAUUCUUAGGUGCCUUCGCUAUAUUACCAUCUCAUAUAGAAAUUUCAUUUGAUACCUGUCAUGCAGUUUAUUUAAGAGACCCAAUUGCAAGACCUGGUCAUUCAGAAGUUCUUUCACCAUUUGCGGAAAAUGUUCACGAAAGAGCUUAUAUAUUAUUCAGAAAAGCUAGAAAUUUGUCACAAUAUCUUCCACCAUUACUCAAGGCAAACAGAAGUAUUGAAAAAGCUCAAUUAGAAUUAAAAUGGAUUAAAGAAGAAUUACCAAAAGAAGAUUGGGCUGAAGCUAUAAAUCAAAGAUCAAAAUUAGUUCCAUUACAAUAUAUUUUAAAAACACAACCUUUUGGUGAAUUGAAUAUUUUGUGUCGAAAAGGAGUAUUGAUACCUCGAUGGGAGACAGCCGAAUGGACUAAUAAAUUAACUGAUUUAUUAAUUGAUUAUGGUUUGAAUAAUUUAAGAGUAAUUGAUGCUUGCACUGGUUCUGGUUGUAUUCCUUUAUUAAUGUACCAUAAAUUCCUACAACAUGGAUCAAACAUUAAUAUCACUGGAUUUGAUAUUUCACCAAAGGCUAUUAAAUUAUCAGAAGAAAACAUGGAAAAAUAUAUGAAAAGUCUUACUAGCUCACAAAUUGAAAAUUUCAAUUUAAAUUAUGAAAUAGCAGAUUUAUUUGACCCUAGAUUAGGUGUUGAACUACAUGAACUGAAAGAAAAUCCCGUAGACUUAAUUACAUCAAAUCCACCAUAUGUUUUAGCUAAGGAUUACAAUAAAUCAGUACUAAGAUUUGGAGUUGAAAAAUCAGUUAAAUUACACGAGCCAUCUUUAGCUCUUUUAGGUGAUAAUGAAUUUUAUGAUCAAUUAAUAAAUAAUAUGGUUUUACCUUCUCGAGCUUUGGGUUUUGUUUUUGAAGUUGGAUAUGCUAGUCAAGUUCAAUUUGUAAGAGAAAUUUUGGAUAAUGAGGAAUGGGGACUUGGUUUACGUAAAGAUUCAGCUGACAGUAUAAGAUGUGUUAUUGGAUGGAAAAGAGAUCGAAAAUUGAACACGCUUAAAUCAUUGUGUGAUGAGGAAAUAAAUGAGUAA